AUGUCGCAUGACUAUGUUUUUGUUCCAGUAGUCGAUCAGUACUUUCUGAUUGAACCAAGUGACGUCACUGUUAGAUUGAACGAAGAGGCAUAUUUUGAGUGCGCAGUCGGCGCUAAAUCGGGACAACUAACAUGGGCUUUUCAGAACCUGACUGGCGACCUCGUCAUCUUGAGUUUGGAGAAUGCUGUUUUAGCGAACACGUCCGAUAUUAGCGUUGAAAGUCCGCGAGAAGGUAUCGACUACAAUUUGAGACUGCGUGCAGUAAAUGCUGACGAUGCCGGUGACUAUAUGUGUAUAAUUUCGGGGCACGGUGAUGACGCUGCGACCGAUCACAAAGUUUCACAGAAGGCUAAACUGACUGUAACGUUGCCAACAACAGCGAGACCUCCCACAACUACGGCGGCAUGUAUAUUCAAGACGCCCUCUCACAUAUGUGAGGAAUUUCCUUCACAAGAAGACUACUUUAGAUCAGAAUCGAGCAUCAGUUUCGAAAAUAUCGUCUGGAACGAGGACCUCGAGGACUCGUCGUCGUGUCUGUUUAACAACGAAGCCGUGAAGGUCUCUAACAUCCUCCACGCUGUCUUCAACGCCAGUCAGGCACGAGACUAUAUUCCAUGUAUGGAGAUAACAGGUUUCCGGCUCGUACAAACUGACGGUGUAGACGACAUCAAAGCCGAUGUAAUCAUACCGGUCCUCAAAUCCGGAGGUGUCAGUGAAAUGGAACUUACGCACGCCUUCCAAUGCGGGAUUUUGAGAACGAAUCUGAACUCAACUAAGGUGAACCCACAACAAGAGGCAAUGUUGGAUUAUUAUUGUGAAUAUCAAGACCCUACGACAACGCCAUUACCAGUGAUAACAACGCCAAUCCAUACGACUAUUACGACAGAACCGCCACCACCGCCUCCACCGCCAUGCGUUAGAACCACUGCCACUAAAGCAUGUUACCGGGCACCCACGAAGAAGACCACCGUCCACCUCAGUCUAAUGACGCGUACUACUUGGAAAUGGAAAGACGAACUUAGAGACAGACUGGCGUGUUAUUUUCACAACGUUGGUGCGAACGUCAGUCAAUCGGUUGAAUAUUUCAAUUACAGACUUGUAUCAUCAUUGGAUCGCCGAUCCGUGCCGAGUGAUAAUCUCAAUAACGUAUCGACCGAGGCCGGUGAUGCCAUCGAUAUAUUCGUACAAUUUGGCGUUGAAAAUAAGUAUAGUGCGAACUUCACGGAAGAAGAGCUCGAUAUGUUCCUAAGAUCGCUGCUGGAGGAGGAAAUUAAUAGUGGCACGGAUGGAAGUGGGAUCGGUAUAGUCUUUUAUGAAAUGGAAACAGAUUUCGUUGAGCCUGGUUCCCUAGAAGAACCAACAGAAGGAGUGGGAGGAAACGACACUGAGAAAUUAGUUAUGAUUAUCGUUCUCUCCAUGGCGGCCUUUUUCAUGGUGUUGGGAUCAGUUGUUGGGAUGAGAUUGGUUGUGCGUCGCAUGACUCGAAUGCCCCCGGAACUGGCGCGAAAAAUACAGCAAAAGAGAAAAGAAAAGGCAGCUAGAGCGAACAGGGGAUUGCGUUACGCGGAGCGCGGUGAAGAUGACGGUACCUCUGACGCGAAGACAAAGGCAAACACUGAGACGGAGAAAGGUGCGAGAAAGAAUACGAAAGGUGAAUAUGAAAUGAAACAACAUGGUCCUCGGAAUAGUAUGCAAUUGGAUGCUCAGAUGCAGUAUGCACCAAAUGGGUCCCACAAUAUUCAUAGGGACCCACAAAUGCAGCACAGAUCAACUGGGCCUCGCGAUAUGCAAUUGAAUCCCAUAAUGCAGUAUUGUCCGGCUGGACCCCGCAAUAUGCAAAUAGACCCCCGAGUGCUGUAUGGACCAAUUGGAUCCCGCAACAUGCAAAUGGAACCCAGAAUGCAGUGUGUGCCAACCGGGCCUCACAAUAUGCAACUCAAUCCAGAUGGUUCGCAUAUGGAAACAGGUUCUAUGAAUCCCAUGUUCAUGCACAACACAUGCAUAUCUGCCGAACCUAUGCAAAGCCACCCGCAUGUCGACGUCUUUAGUGGAAGAGCGCCACCUACGCACACAAAUGAACGGAGGCUGUCCAGAGAAGCAGGACUUACAAGCCGGAGGUUCGCAGAACCAGCAGGCUCUUUGCAUGAGUUGACAAAGAAGAAUGUUGUCUCUGAUUGGACAAUGCAAUGCCAAAAUGCCUUUGAUAGUCUGAAGGAUGCUUUGAUAUCCACUCCUGUUUUAGCAUUUCAAUCUGAAAAUGAAACCUUUAAACUAGAUACCGAUGCUAGUGGCUGUGGCAUUGGUGUAUUUUGUCCCAGAUACAGAACGGGAAAGAACGAUCUAUUGGUUAUACAGGCCGGGCUUUGUCAGCUUCAGAGUGCAGAUAUUGUGUGA